AUGUCUUCAGAGCAGGAGAGGCGUGAGCUUGAUGAGAGAGCUAAAAAAGGUGAAACUGUUGUUCCUGGAGGCACUGGUGGGAAGAGUCUUGAAGCUCAGGAACAUCUCGCUGAAGGACGUAGUAGAGGAGGGCAGACAAGAAGGGAGCAGCUGGGGAAGGAGGGGUACCAGGAGAUGGGGAAGAAGGGAGGGCUAAGCACCACUGAGGAGUCUGGAAAGGAGAGAGCUGAAAGGGAGGGAAUAGAGAUUGAUGAAUCUAAGUUUAGGACUACUUAGUCCUGUGUGGACUUGCAUGUGUCAUGGGACUAUGUUUUUGUGUUAUAGAUGUGUGAAUAGUAUGUAGUAGUAAUAAUAAUAAUAAG